ACUCUUACUCCGUAUCUCACAGCUUUCGUUAAACAAAUACUGUAACUCUGUAACAUACACACAGUUUAGUCUCCCCACGAACAAACCCAGUUGUUUAAGCUCUGCUUUCCCGCUCAUCUCACUCCAACUUCAUUCGAGCAGAACAACAACUGCUGCGAAUUUGUGAUGGCUAGACCAAAGAAGCAGAAGAAGGCAGAAGAUCAACAACAACAAGAAGAAGCAAACCCAGAAACACAAGAACGAUUGCGGCUCAAAAACCUUGCUUACUCUAACAACAUCAUCUCACAUUCUCCUGCUAAAGACUUUACACCUCUUAAUCCCUCCAAGACUGUAAUUAAACACCAUGGUAAAGAUAUUCUCAAGAAAUCUCAGAGGAAGAAUCGUUAUCUUUUCUCUUUUUCUGGGCUUUUAGCUCCAAUUUCUGGUGGUAAAAUUGGUGAGCUCACUGAUUUGGGGUCCAAAAAUCCUGCCCUUUACCUUGAUUUUCCUCAGGGGAGAAUGAAGUUGUUUGGGACCAUUGUGUAUCCGAAGAAUCGUUAUUUGACUUUGCAGUUUUCAAGAGGUGGCAAAAAUGUCAUGUGUGAAGAUUGGUUUGACACCAUGAUAGUAUUUUCUGAUGCAUGUUGGGUCGGUAAAAAAGAAGAAAAUCCAAAUGAGGCCAGAUUGGAUUUUCCAAAAGAGCUAUAUGAGGGAGCGCAUCCUGAGGUUGAUUUUAAAGGUGGUGCUGGUGCAACUGCUACAAGAAGAAAAGAUUUUAAGAAAGUAGUUCCCAUGUCCACUGAAGAACCACUACUAUCUGGGUCACCAGUUGAUGAGCUGGAAGCUGAAUCACCUGAAAGGCAUCAAAAUCUGAUUGAUCUAGAAAAUAGCACGCCAGUCCGGCAAUCAGGAAGGACUGCUGGCAGGAAAUUCAAUUUUGCUGAAGUUUCUUCGGGAGAUGAUUCUGCGGAGAGUGUCAGUGAUGUGUCUGGAGAAGAUAAGGACACUGCUAAGAAUUUAAAGUCAUGCUCGGAUGAUCAGGAUCCUGGUAUUCCAGAGACGUCAGCAGCAAUAAACAACUCCGAAGACACAACACAACCACCAUUGUCUUCCUUGUCAAAAUCACAAACUAAUGUAUCAUCCCGUACUUCACUAGUUCAAGCCUCUAUAUCAACUCUAUUCAAGAAAGUUGAAGCAAAGAAUACAUCUGGAAGUUUAGAAAAGAUAGCUUUCUGUAAAGUUUCCAGUGAGAAGAUGCAGCUGAGUAGCUCAAUAUCAAAAACCGAAAAAGUGAAGGUUGCAGAGCAGAAGAAAGUGGAAACCGCCACUCAAGACAAAAAAUCAGGGCCAAAAAAUGAUAGAAGAAAGCGAAAAGCUGCUUUACCUGAGGUUGAAGAUGAAGAUGAAGAUGAUAUUGAGGAAUCUUCAAGUGCCUCAGAGGAAAUUGAUGAAAGUGAUGACAAUUGGCAAGCUUGAUAUAUUGUGGCUAAUUAUCUGUGAUAGAAGGGUUGAGAGCUUUGUAUGUAGGGGCUAUCGCGUUUGCUGGAUGCCAAUGCAUGGUGUUCCGUGACAGCCGUUGCAUGUCAAACUUGGACGUUAGGUAUUCAUAUAUCUGCAUCCAUUGCUGUUUAGAUUGUAAAAUUGAUGACUGCUUGACGGGCCGGGCAUACAAAUCAGCAACUCUACAUGAAAUCAGGGUGAAGUGGCUACUCAUCCCAUGAAAAAUAUUGAUGUGUUUAAAAGUAGAUUUCCCAGGACUUUUUGAGCAUAAGUUUAUAACACUGUUACUUUUAUAGAGGAAAUGAUUUUCCAAUAUGGUGAGUUAACAUUAGGGGAACUAGAGAGGCUGCAUUUAAGUAUGGUCUACCCUCUUCAAUAAAUAAUUUGUGGGUUUAUAUCUUCAAUUUUCAUAGUUUAUUUAGUCUUUGGUGACUCUGAAA